AUGUCGUUGUCGGAUUCCGAGACAACUCAAGGUGGAUCAUCCGAAUAUAGACCUUUUCGCCAAAUUAGCCGUGACAGGUUAUUGUUUGAAAUGCUUGGAGCAGCAAAGUCAGGGGAUUCUAAAUCAUGGAAGGUGCUCAUAAUGGAUAAAGUCACAUUGAAAGUUAUGUCACAUUCAUGUAAAAUGGCAGAUAUCACCGACCAAGAAAUUUCAUUGGUAGAAGACGUUUUCAAGAGAAGGCAACCACUACCGUCUAUGGAUGUUGUUUAUUUCAUGCAGCCAAUAAAAGAGAAUCUUAUCAUGUUAAUGUCAGACAUGUCUGGAAGGGAGCCCUUGUAUAGGAAAGCAUAUAUUUUUUUUAGCUCAACAGUUCCAAGGGAAUUUAUAAAACACAUUCAAUGUGAUACAAGUGUCUUACCCCGCAUAGGUGCAUUGAGAGAGAUGAAUUUGGAAUACUUUCCAGUAGAUAACCAGGUAUGUAAUAAAAAAAGCUGUUCCUUUCUUUCCAUUGAUG